CCUAGCCUUUCCUUCCUUUCUUUCUUCCCUCCCUCUUUCACCACCGUUUCAGGCGCUGCUGCUCCUGGAGUAGCUCCCGGCUCGGGGAUGGGGUCUCGGGCCUCCACGUUACUGCGGGACGAAGAGCUCGAAGAGAUCAAGAAGGAAACUGGCUUUUCACACAGUCAGAUCACCCGCCUCUACAGCCGAUUCACCAGCCUGGACAAAGGAGAGAACGGGACUCUCAGCCGGGAAGAUUUCCAGCGAAUUCCAGAACUUGCCAUCAACCCAUUGGGGGACCGUAUCAUCAAUGCCUUCUUUCCAGAAGGAGAGGACCAGGUAAACUUCCGUGGAUUCAUGAGAACUUUGGCUCAUUUCCGACCCAUUGAGGAUAAUGAAAAGAGCAAAGAUGUGAAUGGACCAGAACCACUCAACAGCCGAAGCAACAAACUGCAUUUUGCUUUUCGACUAUAUGAUUUGGAUAAAGAUGACAAGAUCUCCCGCGAUGAGCUAUUACAGGUGCUACGUAUGAUGGUUGGAGUCAAUAUCUCGGAUGAGCAGCUGGGCAGCAUUGCAGACAGGACCAUCCAGGAGGCCGAUCAGGAUGGGGACAGCGCCAUAUCUUUCACAGAAUUUGUUAAGGUUUUGGAAAAGGUGGAUGUAGAACAGAAAAUGAGCAUCCGAUUUCUUCACUAA